AUGUAUGGAUAUUAUAGCAGUUCUCCCUAUCUAUCUAAUGUAGUAACUUAUCAAAGUGCUCCAACAACUCAUGUAACCUAUCAGAAUGUUGGUACAUCAGUAGAAUAUUAUACCAGACCAACAGGUAUACAGUACGUUACUUCUCCAGCUGAAGUGGCAUAUGAGAGUCAACCAGUAGCUAUGGUUUAUGCCACCACACCUAGAUCAGUUACCUAUCGCCAAGAUCCUGUUGGUGUUACUUAUGAAACAACUCCACAUUAUUCAACCUUUGCAGGACCACCACAUACCGUAACCUAUCAUUCAGCACCAGGCGCUGUUACAUACAGGAGUUUCCUUUAA